AUGGCAACCAUGGAAAAGAUGUCUUCCGAGGAGUUCAGUGCCCAGGUUGACAAGCUUACUCACUUUCAUGAACAAAAGCCCAUUAGGGAUAUAAGAGUGGUGGGAGUGAUGCAAUGGGGCUUGAUGCCAUUCAUCGCUUUCUUCCUCACGUUCUGGAUUCUUUCGUAUCCUAUCCUAUGGCCCGUGUCUAUUCUUUAUCUGAUCUACAUGUUCGCUGAUCCAUCGCCUGAGCGCGCGGGUAAGCAGCCCAGCUGGACGCGGAAAAGCACCUUGUUUCGCUGGUUUGCCGACUACUUUCCGUUCAAGGUGCAUAAAACGGCCGACCUGGAUCCGAGUGGAAACUACCUCUUUGGCUACCACCCACAUGGUAUUUUUGGCUUCGGCACAGUGUGUGCCUUCAGCACAAGAGCGGCUGGCUUCGAUGAAAAGUUUCCAGGCUUGAAGCCUCAUGUCCUGACCUUGCACCAAAACUUUUUACUUCCAUUUUACCGCGAGUAUCUCAUGCUGUUUGGUCUGCGUUCCGUAUCGCGUAAAAGUUGCGACACUAUUCUUCAGUCGGGGCCUGGCGAAUCGAUCGUGAUCGUGGUGGGUGGUGCACAGGAAAGCCUCGCGGCGCACUCUGGGUACAUGGACUUGACACUGAAGCGUCGUAAGGGCUUUGUUAAGGUGGCUUUGUCUACCGGUGCCAGCCUUGUGCCCGUGAUUUCGUUUGGCGAGAAUGAGCUGUUUUACCAGCUCAAAAACGACCGUCAGUCAACGCUGUACAAGGUGCAGCAGAAGCUGAAGUCCCUAUUUGGUUUCACGGUGCCCAUUUUGAUUGGGCGCGGCUUUUCUCACUUCUACUAUGGCUGGGUACCGUAUUGCCGUCCUGUCAACGUUGUGAUUGGUGCACCGAUUCCCGUCCAGAAAACCCCUAACGCUACGCCCGAGCAGGUGGAUGCGCUGCACGAGCAAUAUGUCCAGGCUCUCGUCAAGCUUUGGGACGAGCACAAGGACACGUACGCGCCACACCGGAUCGCUGACAUACGUCUCGUAGAUUAG